CACCACCUUCACCUCGUCCCUCUACCCCAACUCACAAAAAUGCUCGCCCGCACCGCCCUCCGCAGCGUCGCCUCCACCAGCCGCGCGUCCGCCUUCUCCACCUCGGCCGCGCGCCUGACCAGGGUCGCCGUGCUCGGCGCCGGCGGAGGCAUUGGCCAGCCGCUCUCGCUCCUCCUCAAGAGCGACGCGCUCGUCAGCUCGCUGAGUCUGUACGAUAUCCGCGGCGCCCCCGGUGUCGCUGCCGACGUGAGCCACAUUGAUACCGCUAGCGAGGUCAACGGCUACGCCGCCGACAAGAUCGACGAGGCCCUUGAGGGUGCCCAGGUCGUCGUUAUCCCCGCUGGUGUCCCCCGCAAGCCCGGUAUGACCCGUGAUGACCUCUUCAACACCAACGCCUCCAUUGUCCGUGACCUUGCCGCCUCGAUCGGCCGGGUCGCUCCCACCGCACACAUCCUCGUCAUCUCCAACCCCGUCAACUCAACCGUGCCCAUCGUCGCACGCACGCUCGAGAAGGCCGGCGUCUUCGACCCCAAGCGCGUCUUCGGUGUCACCACGCUCGACGUCGUCCGCGCCGCGCGCUUCACCGCCGGCAUCGCCGGCGUCAAGCCCGAGCAGACGCCCGUCACCGUCGUCGGCGGACACAGCGGCGCGACGAUCGUGCCCCUUCUCUCGCAGAACGAGCACGGCAAGGCGAUCUCGGGCGACGUGUACGAGAAGCUCGUGCACCGGAUCCAGUUUGGCGGCGACGAGGUCGUCAAGGCCAAGGAUGGCGCCGGGUCCGCGACGCUCUCGAUGGCGUACGCCGGUGCCAAGUUCACCAAUGCGCUGCUCCGCGGUUUGAACGGCGAGCAGGGCGUGAUUACGCCUACGUUCGUGCGCAGCCCGCUGUUCGAGGACAAGGGCGUCGACUUCUUCAGCUCGCUCGUUGAGCUUGGCCCUGAGGGUGUGCAGAAGAUUCUGCCCCUCGGCCAGCUCAGCGCUGAGGAGCAGAAGCUCCUCGACGCGUGCCUUCCUGAGCUCAAGAAGAACAUCGAGAAGGGUUUGGCUUUCGUUGCUUAAGUGCAUCGUAGAUAGGCUAGGAGGGGGUAGCACGUAUUCUAGAUGUGCUUUUUGCUGGUGGCUCUACUGUUUUUUUCUAGAUUAACAUAAUGGUUUUUCUAAACUCGUAUGUGUGAGAGUUGUAAGAUGUGAACGCGAAGAAUCGAACGACAUACGAGCAAAACAUCGUCAUCGUCGCCCCUUCUUUUUGACCGUCGUGAACCCGUCUUCGUCCACCUCUGGCUCCUCUUUCUCCUUCGGUCUCAGCUGCGGGGCCUCCCCGCCAUCGCCGAACCGAUCCACCUGCAUCCCACUUCCCUCGCCUCCCUCGCCAUCGUCGGACUCUUCGGACCCAUCGUCGUCCGACCAGUCGUCGUCGUCGUCGUUGUCGCCUGCGCCCUGUGUAUACGUCGGCAUCUUGCCAGCUAAGCGAUCCGCUUGAGCUUCAAGCGCGAGGACCGAGUCUUCGCCUGGAGCUUUUCCCGCGAACGAUGACGACGACGACGAUGAUGACGAUGAAGCGGGAUGAGGACCAGAAGGAUAAGGAUAAGGGUAAGGGUAAGGGUGCGUGUCGUUCCAGAGACGGAGGACGUCGCGUGCGACGGACGCGGCGCUGUCGUCUUCGAGGCGCGUGUCGAAUUCGUCGUCGAGGAUCUGGAGGAGGAGGUCUUCGAGGUAGGAUGCGUCGGGUGUUUGGGGUUUGGCCGGAGCUGGGGGUGCGGGUGCGGGUGCGGGUGCGGGUGCGCCAGUUCGCGAUGCGGAGCCUGCUGGAGAUCGAUGAUAGAACCAUGAGGAUGUUAGCAUAGUGUAAUGCAAUGACGCGCAAACAUGAAGGGAUGUUUGAGUUGUGGUAGCAGCGCCGGGCUGAGCAUACGUACCUGCAGGGAGCGGUGGAGGAGCGGGGGG